AUGUCUAUAAAUAAAGAAAAAACUAAAUUUAACACUUUCAGACUCCCAACUAAAAAAAAAAUUUGUUCAUGUACACACAAUGAAUAUUCAGAAGAUUUGAAGAUACCAAAAGCAAUUGAUGGUGUUCCAAUUGAACUCGAAAAUAUAUUAACAUUUAAAGAAUAUGAAAGAAUUGUUAAAACUUGUAAAAGAAUAAUUUCUUUAAAAAUGUUUACAGAUAAAUUGUACUAUAUAACAUUUGCUAUGGGAAUAGCUGCCUUUUUCUUAUAUUUCCCAUUUUUAUACACUCGUAGAAAAUUAUUGAUUUUGGCAAUGAUUGCAGUAGUUAGUUUCAUUCUUUUAGUUGGUUUAGCUUUAUCAAGAUUAACAAUUAUGAAAUUAAAAGCAAAAUUAGAUCAAAAAAUUCAAAUAUUAAAUAAUGAUUUUAAAGAAAAAAAUAUAAUAAUUGAAAGAGAGGUUAAAAAAGAACAAGUUUCAAGUAUGAGAACAAAAAAUCAUAUUUUAAUUAAUAUAAUUUAUAAUAUACAACUUAUUGCAGACCAAUCAAAUUCAACUAAAGCCGAAGAAUCUUUACAAAAAGAAAUUAAAAAAGAAAUCCAAGUAAUUGAAAAAAAUCCAAUUGAUAAAUUAAUUAAAAAUAAUUAUAAUAAUAGUAAUAAUGAUAAUAAUAGUAAUAAUAAUAGUUCUUAUACCCAAUUAAAUAUAUCUAAAUUACAACAACCUCAGUCACAACCAAUUGAAAUAAAAAUUAAAAAUAAAAACAAUGAUUACCAAAAGAUAGAAUAUUCAAUUGAAAUAAUUAAAGAUUUUAAUGUAAAUUUAAAGAAUGUUGACGAUGAUGAUGAUAAUAACGAUGUUGAAAUUGAAAUGGAUUCAAUGAACAAAGCAAACUUUGAAAUGGUUUCAAAUAUCUAUAGCGAUGAUAAAGCUCCAUUGAUUGUAUAA